GUCGUUCCUCUCCCUCUGGGCUAUGGUGCCACUAAAUCAGCUGAGUGGCCACAUCAAUUCCACCUGUGGGGCAGACAACUCCACGGGGGCCAGCUGGGCCCGCCCACAUGCCUACUACGCCCUGUCCUACUGUGCGCUCAUCCUUGCCAUUGUCUUUGGCAAUGGUCUGGUGUGUGUUGCUGUGCUAAGGGAACGGGCCCUGCAGACCACCACCAACUACCUGGUGGUGAGCCUGGCUGUGGCGGACUUGCUGGUGGCCACCUUGGUGAUGCCCUGGGUGGUGUACCUGGAGGUGACAGGUGGAGUCUGGAAUUUCAGCCGCCUUUGCUGCGAUGUUUUCGUCACCCUGGAUGUCAUGAUGUGUACAGCCAGCAUCCUAAACCUCUGUGCCAUCAGCAUCGAUAGGUACACUGCGGUGGUCAUGCCAGUUCACUACCAACAUGGCACGGGACAGAGCUCCUGCCGGCGGGUGGCACUCAUGAUUACAGCCGUCUGGGUACUGGCCUUUGCCGUGUCUUGCCCUCUCCUCUUUGGCUUUAACACCACAGGGGAUCCCAGUGUCUGCUCCAUCUCCAACCCUGAUUUUGUCAUCUACUCUUCAGUAGUGUCCUUCUAUCUGCCCUUUGGAGUGACUGUCCUCGUCUAUGCCAGGAUCUAUGUGGUACUGAGACAGAGGAGACGGAAACGGAUUCUCACACGACAGAACAGUCAGUGCAUCAGUGUCAGGCCCAGCUUUCCCCAACAACCCCUGUCCCCUGGCCGGGCACAUAUGGAGCUGAGGCGGUACUAUAGCAUCUGCCAAGAUACUGCCUUCGGGCCACCAGGCUUCCAAGAAGGGGAAGGAGAGUUGAAAAGGGAGGAGAGCACUCGGAACUCCCUCAGCCCCACCAUGGCACCCAAGCUCAGCUUAGAGGUUCGAAAACUCAGUAACGGCAGGUUGUCGACAUCCCUGAAGCUGGGGCCCAUGCAGCCUCGGGGGGUGCCACUUCGGGAGAAGAAGGCAACGCAGAUGCUGGCCAUUGUGCUUGGGACCUUCAUUGUCUGCUGGCUGCCCUUCUUUUUGACCCACGUUCUCAAUGCCCACUGCCCAGCAUGCCACGUGUCUCCAGUGCUUUACAGAGCCACAACGUGGCUGGGCUACAUGAACAGCGCCCUCAACCCUGUGAUCUAUACCACCUUCAACAUUGAGUUCCGCAAAGCCUUCCUCAAGAUCCUGUCUUGUUGAGGGAGAGGAAAGAACAUUUCCUGUGUCCACCUUCAGCUGCCAUGCCACUGAGUCACUGGACAGGGCCUGCUCACAAAGAGUGGUCCAUGUCCUCUGGCAUGGGGGGGCAGGAGGUUGCUGGAACCAGGAUGUUUCUGAGUGGCAGGUGCAACCAACUGCUUCCUCCAAAACAGAAUGUUCUACCUCUCCAGCUCAAGUCUGACUUCAUUCUGGCAAUCUUUAGCUGGUUGGAAGGCCCCUGGUGAUAAGCAAUCAUUCAGAAAGAAGCUGAUAAAACAUGACUCUACACAUACACAAAAUCAUCAUCAAAGGCAUGAUUCAUUACAGUGAAGGAAAAAUGAACAGAUCUCAUAAUUCUCAACUUGCCAGGACUCCUUGAAGUCUCAGCCAGGAAGCCAUCUUGCAGAACAGACAGUCUCUCUUCCUUCAAACCUCUAAUUAACUGUCAGGCUAACCUUGUAUUUUUGUGGGCCCACUCCCUUUCAGUAAUUCCUUUCAUUCAUUGUACCCUGAAAUAUAAUGGCAAAACUAA